CAUUCCCCAAGAACCUCAAUGCUAAGAACAGCUCUUGCUUCUUUUCGUCGUCUGCCUCCAUUCACUGCAGCAAAAAAUUUCACAAUGGGUUCCAACGCCGCACGAACAUUCCUUGCCUACCAGCACGACGCGAAACUCCAAACGCUUGACACCAUCGUAACCGCCGUGUUGCCCUUCUCUGCCCUCGAGGAAUCCAACCGCCUCCUCUUCAAGCAAGGCACAGAUGAAGACCACAUUGUCAUCACAGAGCAGACUAUCUUUCAUCCGCAAGGUGGCGGCCAGCCCUCCGAUGUGAAAACCAUGAGCCACACGUCCACCGCCACCAAAUUCACCGUCACAGCCGUGCGGAUGGGCCAAGCCCCCCGCGACGGCCAGGUCCUCCAUCUCGGUCGGUUUGAGGGAGUUGCUAAUCCCGACGCAUUCUUCAAGGCUGGAGACUCGAUCCAGCAGGCGAUCGACGCCGAGAAGCGCCUCCUGUACUCGCGCCUGCACACCGCGGGCCAUGUCCUCGGCUCCGCGGUGCGCCAUCUUCUCGAGAAUGAGGUCGAGAAUUUUGACGAGCUGAAAGCCUCGCACUUCCCCGAUCUCGCGAACUGCGAGUUCCGGGGCCUGAUCGACGGGAAGUGGAAGGAGCCCAUUCAGGGCAAGGUAGAUGAGUUCCUGGCGGCCAAGCUGCCGGUGCAGGUGGAGUGGUGGGAUGAGGAGGACUUUCGGGCGAACGGGCUGGAGAGGUUGAUCCCCGAUCGGGAGGCGCUGGGUGUCCCUGCUGGGGAGAAGUUCCGGGUCGUUCAUAUUGUCGGGGCGGAGGUCUAUCCGUGUGGUGGGACGCAUGUCGAGACGACGGAUCUGUGUGGGCCGGCGAAGGUGCGCAAGAUUUCGAGGAGCAAGGGGAUCUCGAAGAUUAGCUAUGUGGUGGAGUGAUAUGUUCACAUUCU